AGUGGGCACUGGAUGAAAGGGGCUGGGUUAACGACAGGCGAAACCACGGAGCAAUCUAACUCUAAGAUGGCAAGAUAUGGAAGUUCGACGAAACACAUGAGUCGAGCAAACCGUCGUGAUCAUCUUACUCAAGCGAUGAUUUAUUACAACACAGAGAAGGAAGAAAGAAUGCCAAAGCUAUUACCGAAAAUGUUGGCAUCGGCGAAAGCAAACGUUAUUCGUUAUGAAAGCGAGUUCAAUCGUUUAGUGACGGAAAGGGAAGAAAAAAUGUUGGGCGUAAAAAAAAAUAUCGACGAUAAACUUGCGGAGGCCAAUGCGGCGCUGAUCCGUUGUACGACAAAGAUAAAAGAAAUUAUUAAACUUGGACCUCCUAAUCCGGAGUCUUUGGCUCGAUCAAAGAAAUUGAAGGAUUAUUAUAUUCAAAUCACGUCAAUAAGAGGUAAGCUGGAAGCGGCAAAAAUGGAAACUGCAAAUGACAUUGGCAUGAACAUACUUGAAAAACUACCAGUAAUUCUCGAGAAGCUAAAAGAAGAAGCCCGCAAGUGUAAAAACAAGAGAAUUUCCCCCAAAACCCCGUUAUCGGUUUCCCAACGAAGCUUGGAAGGAAUCCAUGUAAUUAUCAAGAACCUAAAGAAUCGUAUUGCGACACAAACUGAUUCCUCCAAACAGCGCAUCGCACUAAAAAAGGAGAUGAGAAAGUAUAUCGAAAAGGCUGGAAAGAUCAUUGAAGUAUUGAAUCCUCAACUAGAUGGGGAGGUGGUAACCAUGGAUGACUGCUACCGUGGAGUUUUUCCUUGGCAAUCUCUUUACGACAUCUCUUUCCAAGAAAAUUUCAACUUACUUGAUGCGUGGAUGCUUGCAGCCAGAAGCAAGGAAGAGAUUGUGCAGGUGGAGGAAGAAAUGAAGAGAUUUCAUUGUGGCCUGAUGGGCAAAAAGAAGUUAGAAGAACAGUCCGAAAAUCUCGUCCAAUUUGAAGAUCUCUUAGUCCGUGGAAAAGCUUUUAUAAUGCGUUCCGAAAUUAGGAGAAUAAUUCGCUUGCUUAAUGACUGUCAUUGGGUUCCCGUUGAUACCAGCCCUCAUUCCAACAGCUUCGCAACACCUGUCGUAAGUGAUGAAAUUGAUGAUUGGGCUAGCGAAAGUGAAAAUGAUUGCGAUGAUGAUGACGAAGAAUCAAUUCAAGAUGAACUGGAAGAUCGCGAAGGGGAAAAUAGAAAUGAAGAGAUGGAGAGCGAGUUGGAAGAUAGUGAAGGAGAAUGCGAAAUUGAUGGCGAUCAUACAGAAUUAGAUAGCAUCAUCGACUUCCAGUUUGAAUAAAGAAUCGGUUGAAAAUUUGUACAACACUGAAAUAAAGAUAAAUUUCAUCAAUUUUGUG